AUGUCUCUUUUUCCAGAGAUCAUUGAAGAUAUCCUUCUACGACUGCCUGUUAAAUCUCUUGUGCGAUUCAAAAGUGCUUCCAAAACAUUGUAUUCUUUAAUCUCCGAAAGUCGUUUUGUUAAUCUGCAAGCAAAACGAGCCUCCAACAACCCGAAAAUCCUUUUAUUUUCAGUCUCUGGUACGUGUCAAUCCUUUGACUAUGAAACACCAUUCGGCAAUACUUGUGCAUUCGUUAAUCUUAACAUUCCAAGGAAAGUACUAAAACAGGUUGAGUUAGGGGUCGACGUGAUUGGCUCAUGCAGUGGACUGGUUUGUAUAGGCAGUAGCUUCGAUCAUAAGCUCGUAAUCUGGAACCCAUGCACUGGUACCCAUCUGGUAAUACCUUAUCCUAGUGAUUCAUUCACUUAUUAUUCCUAUGGCUUUGGCUAUGAUCCAUCCUCUGAAUGUUUUAAGAUUGUUUUGGUCUCCCUUGAAGAGAGAACAAUAUUUCAAAUUUUCUCAUCAAAAUCAAGCUCGUGGAGAAGCUUGUGCUGCCCUUAUGGAAGCACAUAUAUUUUGGUUAAUUAUAUAGGUGACUCAUCUGCCCCUCUUUUGAAUGGAGCCCUCCAUUGGCUUUCUUACUCAAAACCCCAACUUCCAUCAACUUUCCUGCGUGCUUGUGAGAUUUCCAGUGAAUUCAUUGCUUUGGAUUUAGCAAAGGAAAAAUUCCAGAAGCUGCCAAUGCCUCAGAGUAUUCCAAAUCACCGUCUUGUACUAGGAGAGCUCGGGGGAUGCCUUAGUUUAUUGCUUUCUUCAUCUAUGGAUAAAGUAGAGAUAUGGGUGAUGAAAGAAUAUGGCGUCGAGGCAUCAUGGAGUAAACUGCUUAAUGUCUUUGAAACUGAAUAUGGCAGUAUUUACGAUUUUUGGCCACUCUACUUGUGCAGAAGCAGAGAAGUCGUAGGAUUGCAGGAUGGGAUGAAAUUGAAGAGGUGGAACAUCCAAGACGGGAAGCUAGUUGAUACCUUCAAUAUCUGUGAAGAACUUUGCGAAGCUUUCAAGUACAGAGCUGUUGUUUAUGCGGAAAAUCUAAUUUCCCCGACCGAUUUCAAUGAGAUGAAUUAAGGUUAUGCUCUAGGAGAUUUUGGAAUAUUUCAGCACAAGACUUGGCAUCCUGUUGCCCUCUAUACACAUGGCUCAAAUAUUAUAUUUUUUUGCUUUUACUUUAUUUUUCCUUUUAUUUUACAGGUAUUCAAUAAAUGCUAUAUUUUGAAAUAUAUUUUUUUUUAUAAUGCUAUUAUUUAUUAUGUUAUUGUUUUUAAUGCUUAUGAUGAACUAUCGAGUAU